AUGGGGCUGCGAGCGCGACCGGUGACCGGCUGCCUGUGGUGCCUCUGGUGCUGCCUGCUGUGGCUGGACCGUCCGGGGGGAGCUCGGGCAGCCGUGCCCCUGGAGGACUUCUACCCCUUCGGGCAGGACGAGGGCGACACGCAGACGGUGGCCCAGGACGACGGAGGCUCCGGGCUGCAGGAGAUCUCGGUGGCGUUCCCUUUCUUUGGCGACCGGCACAUGGGACUCUAUGUCAACAACAACGGGCUAGUGUCCUUUCUCAGGGAGGUGUCCCAGUUCACUCCGGUCGCCUUCCCCAUCGCCGGAGACCGCCGCGUGGUGGCGCCCUUCUGGGCGGACGUGGACAACCGGCGUGCAGGGAUGGUGUUCUACCGCGAGAGCAAGGACCCCGCCAUCCUGAAGCGUGCCACUGAUGACAUCAGGGGCUACUUCCCAGAGUUCCCAGAGUUCAUGACCUCCUGGGUUCUCAUUGCCACCUGGCAUGAGGUCACCUUCUUUGGAGGAAGUGCUAUUACCCCGGUGAACACCUUCCAGGUGGUCCUCAUCACUGAUGGAGAGCUGUCCUUCACCAUCUUCCAGUACCACAACAUCACCUGGACCACUGGCAUGCAUGCCAGCAGCGGGGGCGACCUGGCCGGCCUGGGGGGCAUCGCCGCACAGGCAGGUUUUAACGCCGGCGACGGCAAGCGCUAUUUCAACAUUCCGGGCUCGCGCACCGACGACGUGGUCGAGGUGGAGGACACCACCAACGUGGGCUACCCGGGCCGCUGGGUGUUCCGCAUCGACAAUGCCCAUGUGCAGGUGGGCAGCUGCAAUGACUCAGCCUCCGUUUGCCCUCAUCUUCGCCCGUGUCUGAAUGGUGGCCGCUGCAUUGACGACUGCAUUAAGGGGAACCCCUCGUUCACCUGCUCCUGCCUGGCCGGCUUCACGGGGCGCCGCUGCCAGAUAGAGGUGGAUGAAUGUGCCUCGUACCCCUGCCAGAACGGAGGCACCUGCAUAGACAGCGUCAACAGCUUCACAUGCCUCUGUCCAGCUGGAUUCACAGGCUCGCUGUGUGAGACAGACAUUGACGAGUGCCAGAGUGAUCCAUGCCUCAACGGAGCAGACUGCGUCCAAGGCGUGGACAAGUUCACCUGUGUGUGUGUCCCAGGCUACACAGGGCCCCUGUGUGAAACAGAUAUAAAUGACUGUGAGCCCAUGCCAUGUCUGAAUGGAGGUGGAUGCACAGACCUGGUUAACAACUAUACCUGCACCUGCACUACUGGCUUCAUUGGCAGACACUGUGAGACAGAACUGAUGGUGGUGGCCCCAACCAAUGCCAGUGCGGAGGCAGAGAACCAAACAGUGUCCUGCGAGGGGGAGGACUGCCGGAAGGUUUGUGAGUACAUCAGCCCCGGGAACUACAACUGCACGUGCAGAGCUGGAUACUAUGGCGACGACUGCGAAGAGUUUACGCAGACCCCCUGCAGUAACAGUCGGCCUUGCCCCCACGGGGGGCCCUGCCUGGAGUACGGAGGGACCUACCUGUGCACCUGCCAGACCGGAGGAAUGGACCUCGACCACAAGGACUUCUAUCCCUAUGUACAGCCCCAAUCGGCCUGUGACUCGUCGCCGUGUCAGAAUGGAGGCUACUGCUAUGAACAAGAUGGUGGAUACACCUGUGAGUGCAAGCACGGAUACAGAGGGAAACACUGUGAGAAAGUCAGGUUAAGUGCGUGUGCCUCGUCCCCUUGCCGUAAUGGGGGCUCGUGUAAGGAGGAGGGGGGGAAUUACCGCUGUGUGUGUCCGUACAGAUUUACUGGCAAACACUGUGAAGUGGGGAAGCCUGACCCCUGUGUGUCCAGCCCGUGCCUGAAUGGAGGCACGUGUUUCCACUACAUCGGCAAGUACAAGUGUGAGUGCACCGCCGACUACAGCGGACGCCACUGCGAGAUCAGCCUUGGCUCCACCAGCAGACUCGAUGGGGUGGACUGUGGGCCACCUGCUAAGGUGAAGCACGCUGAUGUGAAGUACUCCUCCACUCUCGCCGGUGCCAUAGCGAUGUAUGUGUGCCAUCCGGGAUACACCCCUGUACCCCGCGCUACACAGAGCAUCUGUGGUAGUCAGGGAGCUUGGAGCCAGCCCCCCAUCUGUGAGGAGAUAAACGAGUGUCUAUCGCAGCCGUGCCUGAAUGGCGGGACAUGCAGGGACCGAGUGGCCUCCUUCCUGUGUGAGUGCGAGGAGGGCUUCAGUGGGCCGCGCUGCCAAACCGAUGUGGAUGAGUGUCUCUCGGAGCCCUGUAAGUAUGGUGGUACAUGUGAGGACCAGCCUGGCUCCUACCUCUGCCACUGCCCACGGGGGCACACUGGACAGGACUGUGAGAUAGAACAGGACGGGUGUGUACCCAACCCAUGCCUGAAUGGAGGAGUGUGUCGAGUCUACAGGCGGUCCCAACGCUGUGUUUGCAAGGAAGGCUUCUUUGGCGACCGCUGCCAAAUGUUGGAGAAUCCAUGUGCACUGCAGCCUUGUGGGAACAGGGGCCACUGCCGCAAUGACAGAAGGGGGAACUAUAGCUGCAUCUGCAAAGUGGGACAUACAGGCAGAGACUGCGAGAAAGACCUGCUGCCUCCAUCUGGUCUGCGUGUGUUGCGGGUGGAGGAGGACGAGGUGGAGCUGCGCUGGGACCAGCUGGACACGUCCGCAGACAGCCCUUGGCGGGCUUCGCCCGUGACCCCACGCCUGGGCGGCGGCAGCGCGGGCGACUUUCUGGAGAGGCAGCACUCCAGCUACCUGCUGCAGGGCCUGGAGCCUGGCCUGCUCUACAACAUCUCCACCUUCUCCGUGCACCGUGGUGCCAACAACAACGACAUCAGCCAGCCCGCCUUCGCUCUCAUACGCACACGGCCACGGAAGGCAGAGCAGCUGCAGGUGGUGAACGUCUCAGCCUCUCAGGUGUGGCUGCGCUGGCUGCUGCAGGCAGCUCAGGUCAGUCAGGUGCGCCUCUCCCUCAGCCCCUCCGACGGCACUGGAACCCGCACAGCUAUCCUCAACAGCAGCGUCACAGAGUAUGGCUUUAGUUCCCUGCUUCCAGGCCAGAUGUACACAGUGGAUGUGGUUACUCAGAGUGGUGUAAGACCUGAGGAGCUUCCAUCAACAAGCCACUCUGCUGGACCACUGCUCGUUUGGACAAGGCCUCUUCCACCCCAGAACCUCUCACUGGGUCAUGUGACCCCCACUACAGCACAGGUCACAUGGGACCGGCACCCCCGGAGUAUUCCGGACGGUUUCGUGGUGAACGUGACCCGCGGCCUGAACACGAGAAGCCGGUACUUGCCCGACGGGAGACUGGGCAGCUACAUGAUCAGAGAGCUCACCCCAGGCCAGCACUACAGACUGGCCCUGACCGCCGUCCGAAACACUGGAGAGGAACACGUUCACAGCCUGCCCCAGCACCUGGCCUUUACCACCUUGCCUCUUGAUGAGCGGUGGACAAGGAGAGAGAGGCUGACGGAGACCACCGGAGGCCGCCCCACUGUCCGGCACAAACCUCAAGACGUGGGCGUGACAGAGGACAGGGAACACUCAGAGGAGCUGCCCAGGUACACAGAGCUGAUUGAUGGAAGGGGGAGGAUAAUGGCCAAGUUCACCAACCAGCAAAGGAACACGAUCAGACACCGCCCCAGACCGGAGACUCCCGUCAAACUGGAGAAAAUGGAGGAAACCACCAAUAAAAUCAGCCUGGCCUUGGAGAUCGCUGAGGAGACGACCAAAAAGAAUGCUGAGCUGUCCAGGGACUGCCGGAGCAGCCUGCCCUGUCAGAACGGGGGGACGUGCGUCAAGGGCGGCGACAGCUACAACUGCGACUGCGCAACGGGCUUCAAGGGCAGACAGUGCGAGCUGUUCUGCCAGAGAGUGCCACACCCAUGCACCCGUCUCUACUCGGAGACAAAGAGCGUGCCCGUCUGGGAAGAUGGAGUCUGCCAUUACCUGUACAAGAGAACAUAUAAAGUGCAGCAAGAUGUUUGUUACAGAGAGAUUUGUGAGCCUCAACUGCCAAAGAAAACAAACAGAAGAACUCAGAGGCAACAAUAGUGGGAGAUUCUUCCUGCUCAGAUCCAGAGAUUUCUGGGUUCUCCAUCCGUAGCCCCCAUCUAUGGUUUCCUCUCCAAUUGCUUUGACUCGUGUGAGGAAUCCUAUCAGGCCUCUGGACACCUGAAUUCUCAGACAACGAUGGGUAGCCCUAGCAAUGCCAAAAAAACGUUUUUUCAGACUACACUGAUACGGAGUCCACACAAGGGGUAGAACUAAAACUCUGAUGAUGAGCGAACACUUCACAAGUUGACUGGAUCAGAAGCAUACCUCAGAUGUCCAUGCUGACACAUUUGUAAAGGUACUCUUGUAUGAAGUGGCAAGUUAGCCCCUCAGGGAAAUUUCUAAGCGAUUGCCUGUCCCUAUUUCACACACACACAAAAAAAGCAAAACAAAGUGCAUCUCAUACUUACCAUCUAACCAUAUACCAUCGAUCUUGGUUUUGUCAGUGGGCAAGACCACUCAUAAAAGAUGUUAUGAAGACUGGAAAUUUAUGUCAGAAACCUGUCUCUGUACACCAAACCUCCCUGUUAACUAUCAUGUAAAUAGUGUUUAUAGGCUGUUUUGUAGGUGAAUAUUUUAAUAAUAAAAAUGUUAAAAUGUGAA